UACAAAUUUCAGUUGAACCACGGAUUAUCACUCUAUCCCUCAUCAGGCCUCCCAUUAGCCAUUGCACAGCCAGUUGUAAACCAUGAAGAAGCCCAGAAUGGCGUUGGAACAGGUGUUACAGGGAUGUGCCAGUGACCUGUUUUCAUUUUCAAUCGAUCUGGCGCUCUUCUGAAUUCAAAGAACAAGGGGAAACUGUUUUGGCCAAUCACUCUGGCAAUUUAAAUUCAACAGUUGAUUAAUUUGAGUGAAUUGUCACGGUUUUUUUUGAUAAGGGAGUGAUGUGCCAUUGGAGCAAUAAAUUUUCCAGUUGAAUGCAGUCUCGGGGAUAAAGGGAGACGAUAAGAAUGUUACAGCACUCUCCAAUCGACCAUUCGUGAUCAUGAUUCGUUGGGCGGAUGACGCGAUUGAUAAAAUAAUAACGAGUGACAACUCCAUCCUUAAGUGCAACGAUACUGUCGACGACAGGCAAUUAUCACUGAGCUGUUAUGUCGACGAUAAUUGUGACAAUGAAGACACUGGGGAUAUUACAUUCACCUCGUGUCUGAUCAGCAUCAUUCGGGGAAUAAAGUGGUUUGGAGAGGGCGCGGGUUACCGUAAUAAUAUAAACUCAAUCGAUGGUGCAAGCAUUGAUAAGAUAUUUCAAUACUAUUUUGGUAUUUCAAGGGGUUGGAAAAGGUGUGAGUGCGUUUUGGGGGGUAUUCGCUUGAUUUUUAACAGUUGUUGGUCAAUUGGUGGCGGAUGACUCGUUCGGGCACACCUGGCGUUGUAGUAUUAGACAUUUAUCUAGUUAAUAUACCUGUGCUUCGGGGACUUAAAUUGUCGUCGUUGACGCGUCGUAGACGAAGACGGUGGUGCUCUUGGUUAACUGUGAUUAAACGUACGAUUGUCGUAAUACCGUGAUGGCGGACCUACCUGAUAUGUCCCAUCUUACACCGGAGGAGAGGCGAAUCAUCGAAGGAGUUAUGAUGCGUCAGAAGCAGGAGGAAGAGCAUGAGAAUGAAAUUAUGAGGCGAAAGCAGGAUGAGGUACAGAUACUUGAGGAUACGAUACGUGCACGCUCUGAGAAACACAAGAAAGCGGGUAUAGAAUUGGACGCAACGUGUCACAUAUGCAUGAAAACCAAGUUUGCGGACGGUGUUGGGCACAUCUGCAACUACUGCAACAUACGGUGCUGUGCGCGUUGCGGUGGCAAAGUCACCCUCAGAUCGAACAAGGUCAUAUGGGUGUGCAUUCUGUGUCGAAAGAAACAAGAGCUCCUCUCGAAAACUGGCCAAUGGAUGGUGAAAUCAGGUCUGGGUGCUGCGGACGAAGCGAUGCUCAGGCGAAUGCAGGAGGAUAUGCAGGGCACCCCGGGCCUUUCAGACUUGACCCAGGACAAGAGACCAAAGCUGGAACGUGCUCACAGUGCUGCUGAGAAGGAAAAUCUACCGCUACUCCAGAGUAGUGGAAGUCUACUCAGACGUCAAUACUCCCAACAGGAGCAGAUGCCAAUGCGCAGGAUGUCCACCAGCGACAGUGGAGUAGAGAUGUCCGUGUCACCGCACUCUAGAAGUCUACCAACUCCCCAUGUUGUUGUUGGUUCCUAUCCACAACAAACACCGAGACAUCCGGCUGCCUUUCCCGAGGAUGAUCCUAAUCUUUAUCGUGGUGAAUUGGAUGGACUCAUGAGAGAACACGCUCAGUCUUACCAGAGAACGAGACAAAUUUAUAAAGAGAACUCGGAUAUUUCAAUGGGCUACCCUCACUCUGGAGUAGACUCGUCUCGAGUUCAUCUGAAUCAGCAGCACUCGGUGCAUCCAGUUCAAGUUGGGCAUCCCUCCCAGCAGUCAGCUGGCACUGGUCCUGGUUCUCUUCACCAACAGAGGAGUUUCAGUAGCAGUGAGGAGGAGCGCAGUACACCGGAGUGCGCGAGUGACGAGCCCGACGAGUCCGAGAAGGGAGUUCUUGGAUCUACUGUAGGGAAGGGGUACUAUCAUCAUGGGGGAGGCACAUCAUCGAUGUCCGGUGGUUCACGUAGACAUGGAUCUCACAAUGGACAUCAUGUUACCGGCUCCAUGACCAUUGAGUAUAAUGGCCAUCAUCCACCGCGAGAGCCUCGAAAAGAGGAGAGUACCCUCGUAAGGAGAAGCUUCCGAAGAAGCGGCGACGAGUGGCGCGCCGACAGUCGGAGGUUCACUGAGAGGAGGGGGAAAAAGACAGUGAGAUUCGACGGUGGGACCAAUGUAGGUGGCUCACAGGAGGACUGGUCUUGGGAGGCUGAUCGUCAAGGUAGCCAAGACAGCGCAACCAAAGACUCAGGAAUAGACACAUCGAGUACAUUUACAAGCAGUGAAGACAGCAAUCGCGGUGAUUUACCAAAGUUGUAG